GUCUAAACUCACUCACUCUGUGUGAAUGGGCGCUUGCAUCCUAACAGCAAAUGCACGCACAUAGGAACUUCAUUGUUGAAGGACUAAAUACCUGAAACACCAAUCUUCUUUUGACUACAUCUUGGCAAGGUGACUAAACAGGAAGAUGACGACCAGGCGCAGCAAACCACACUCUGCCUUCCCUGUCCUGAUAAUCUUUGCUUUGUGUCUGCAAACAAGUGCAAACCACACCAAUUAUCCCAGGGUUAUAAAUGAAACCUGGAAUCCUACCAGCCAAAAUUUAAGUGGAAGCCAGAACAUAACUGAAGCCAAUACAGAUUCUCCUCUGAGCAUCAACUUCAGCAGCAAAACGACUACUUUGGAAAUGCAGACAGGGACCCUGCAAUCCUUAUCCUUCACAAUGGCUCAAAACCUUACAUCCUCCCCUGCCAGCACUGCAGUGGCAACUUCUGACACUGUAGGACUCAGGAAUUCCAGCAAACCCAAGAGUACAGGGACAAAAGAAACCUGUGAAGACAGCAAGUCUCUCAUCAUGAUCUGCUUCAUUGUAAUAGCAGUGCUCGUGCUCAUCUGCACCUUCUUAUUCCUGUCCACAGUCGUGAUAGCCAGCAAAAUGUCUCAUCUCAAGAAAGCUCAGCAGGGAAAACGCAGGCCCAGGAGCAACGGUAACAUCCUGGCGACCAACAGCUUGUGGCCAAUGGCUGCAGGGACGUGGCAGAGGAUGAAGGAGACAACUGGAACUGACUUGAUAAUGCAGGACUUGAUACCAGGGAGAGACACCACAAUCCCAAGGGAAACCGAAGAUGAAACUACCAAGAAACUCACUAAAGCAGCAGACAACAAGCAGGGAAGCAAUGAGCCAUCGAAGUCACACAAACCCAUUUUAACCAAUUAUGUAGUUGAGAUUUAAUUCACACUCAAGGAAAAAAGCAUAACUGCCUCUUGCCUUUUUUACAUCAUUAAUAUAAGGCAGAAACUUAACUUUAAAGUAACAUGAAUUUUAACACAAGAAAGCUGAAUUCAGAUCUUAGGGGUUUUCCUUCUACCACAGUGGGAAUGCUGCAGCAACCUGUAGACCUAGAAGGGAAUAAGACUGUGUUAAAUACCCUUCUAUAAACCAGAAUCAAGACCGGCUUUACUCCUGUGACCAGAACUCACGGUGGUAGGAGCUGAAGGGGGUAAAACAAAAAAGGACAGAUGCCUGCCCAUUCUCAAAGGUCACUGGGAAAGAAAGGGAAGGUCUGUUAGUGUGAUGAAUGCAGCACACCAUAAGGUGUGUGUGGUAAAACCAAGCUGCUUUUUUAAGAAAGCUGUAAUUCAGUCACCACUGAUGCAAUGACUGCAUCAGGAAUUAGUCCCUCUCCAAAUGCCCUUUCAGGUUUUUCCAUCAAGAACUUCUGAAACCAGCUUAAUUGCUUUCAAACCAGAUUGAGACAUGAAUCAUAUUUAUUGUGUUGAGUUUGUGUGUGAAGACAGGGCGUUUGUAUUGUAUGUUAGAAUAUGAUAAUGGUUUCAAUUUGUUAUCUGCAAUAAACCAGCAAUAUCCAUUUUUAAAUAA